GUUGAGCCAAAACUGCCCCACUAUGGGGGCCAAUCUAUCAGCUUAUCUUAUCGCUCUUUGGCCUUAUCGGCUCAGCGAGGUGGGAAAAAAAAUCGAGAUCAUUGCCAGCUCCACACCGCACUGAGAGAUCGUGAAGACUUGCAAAUCCGAAGAAUCUUUUGAUUCGGAUACCGGCAAAAUGCCUUCCACCUCGUCGGGACGGAUUAUGAAAGCCCGCCGGGCAACAAAGUUGACUCUCCAUGCCAAACAGCACCGAUGGGAGUCCUUCAGCAGGAAAAUAUCGAAGCUCCAUUCGCUCGAUCCGCUCCGCAAAGUGCGCCGCCACGACCUCGACGCCGAGGACCUCUCUGCAACGACCUCGUACCUGCGAAACGGUCUCGACAAAUGGAGCGAGCUCAACGUCUCGCGGCCCUUUGCCGCGUUCAAAAGGGACGUCCUGCCCCUCACCGAAUCCCUCGCCCAGAUCCUCCACUUCGAGGCCCGCAUCAUGGACCUGCUGGCCAAGUACAUAAGUCUGCAGGAGAAGGAAUCGCUGGAGCCGCUGCUGGACCUGCUCACGGCGUUCGCGCACGACCUGGGCACCCGCUUCGAGAAGCACUACCCGCGCGCGCUGGGGCUGAUCGUCAGCAUCGCGGGCCGGCCGGGCGACGUCGAGGUCAUUGAGUGGACGUUUGCCGCCAUGGCGUUCCUGUUCAAGUACCUCUCCCGCCUCCUCGUGCCGGACCUGCGCCCGACGUACGACGCCAUCGCGCCCCUGCUCGGGAAGGCGAGGAACCCGGGCCACAUCGCCAGGUUCGCCGCCGAGGCCAUGAGCUUCCUGGUCAAGAAGGCUGCCGCGCCCGGCAACAGGGAGACGGCCCUGCCUCUGCUCGUGGAGCAUGCUAGGAAGGAUCUGGAGUCCGUGGCUGGUACGAGGCAGUUUGAGCUGUACAGCCAGGGGGUCAUGACCAUGUUCGCCGAGGCCAUCAAGAGCACUGGCUUCGCCCAUACCGUGCAUUCGACGGGCUCAGGCACCUUCCUCGCCCUUAUCGCGGCGGUCCCGGAUGCAGAGCUGGUGCCGGGAUCGGAGCAGGCUGUGUGGACGGAUGUCUGCUGCGGCGUGCUCACGAGCAUUAUCCACCACUCGACCGUUCAGACGUUCACGACUGUCGAAGAGGCAAUCGUUGAGGCGGCAGAUGCUGCCGUGGAUGAGUCGAACACAGCGGAAUUCUCUUGGAGACCAGUAGUCUUCGCUCGGCUUCUGGGAACGAUGGCCGGAGUCCGCAGGGGCGCGCGUGUGAGCGAUUGGCCUGCCCUGAUCAAGGCGCUAUCCAAAACCUUGGAGCGCCUGACAAAAUUUCCCGACAACAUCACGAACGUCCACGUGGACUUUCUUUGGCAGGGCGUCGUGGUCAACACCGCGAUCGUGUGGAACCAAGCGCCAAUGGACGCUCUGAUACCGUCAAUUUCGCAGCUCAUGGGGGCACUGACCAGGGAGCCGUUGAUGAGAUGCUACAUCCCAUUCUGUUCAUACUUUGCGGACCUAAACUCGGACCGUUUCCGCAGUCUCUUCCAGAAACACUUCGAAAGGUUUAUCAUGGUACAUUGGUCCGAUACCGACAACGAAGAGAUGUUGUGCACACUUCUACCUCAUAUGGCAGAGAUUGGAGCGCUCACGCCAGAUAACGAGAAGGACGGCUGUGCGCUUCCACAGUCGUGGCAAGGUCAAAUCGUUGGCAAGUUUGAGCGUCUCGAGAUCACACCAUUCCCCGAGCGAGGCUCCUACGACAAGGACCCGAAGGAAUGGCGGGACAAGUGCCUGCCGAAGUACUCGGCGCUGUUGCAAGUGCUCGAGUCGACAUCGGUCCACCCAUCAACCAACGCGAGGAUAGCGGAACUACUCCUACGGAAGCUGAAGCUCGCCCUGAGGCCGUCGUCAUCGCCCACUACGGAGGAAGCAAACUUCAUCGUCAGCCAUGGAUUUCAUGCGUAUUUGCGCAUGGCGAAACCUUCCGGGACCCUGGAUACAUCCAUAAGCCCCUUACUCAGGGCUGCAACACCUCGCUUUUGCCACCUCCCCGGUUUCCUCGAGGCAUUAUUGGCCUAUGAGGAGGCCAUUUCCAAACUUACUCCCGACAAGCCUAUGAGUGAUAGCAGUGAAAGCCCCGAAGCCGAGGAGAACCCCCUUGUCAAGUCAUUGGUCCACAACCUGUCCACGCCAUCUCACCGGCUACGCCUCGCCUCCCUGCGUAAUCUUGAAACCCUGGAAGCCACCCCCGACCAGAACUCUGCCCUCGCGAUCAUGUUGCAGGUUGAGCAGACGCCGCUUGAUCUACAGAAUGCCAGGACAAUAUCCGUGCAUCUCCGCAAGUUGGGCCAGACGUAUGCAAACCUCGACAGCAAUUCUUGGCUGCGUCAGGCCAUCCCGGCCUUCCUCUUUGGCAUGAUGACGGUGAAGUUGUCCCCUGUCUGGGAUGACGCGGUCGAAGCCAUGAAACAGAUCGCCAGCGACAAAAGUGGUGAGGAGAUCAUUGCCACCCUCGCCUUCGACUGGAUGGAGAUCACAUCAAAGAGAUGGGACGGACCAGGCCGGCAAUCUUUGGGAUCUAGGCGUCCGUAUCUAUCGGAUUUCGAGUGCCUGAACUGGAUGAAACUCCAGGAAGCUGCAAAAUUGACAGGCAGUGUGCUUUCCCAGCCAUCACACGCGAUAUUGCAGACAUUCGAAGACGGCCAGGAAACAGUAUCUCCCCGUCCAGAUGAUGCCCGGACCAGGGCACUAAAGGUUCUUUCUGCGCUGCCGGCCAUCGCGGAGAAACGAUCCAGGAAGUUUGUCCCCUAUCUUCUGUCCUUUACCUCCGAGGAUGAUAUCCCAGUCGAUGAAUCAGACGACGAACCUGCAAAGUCACCUGAAGAUGGCUGGUCACUCCAGGAUAGGAAGGCCCUCGUCGGUGUCUUUGCACAGUUCAACAACCCCAGGGUUCUCUACCAGAGCCAGAGGGCAUAUGACUCCCUCUUGCGGCUGAUUGCAAACGGCGACGUGGAUAUUCAGAAGCCUUCACUCAAGGCUAUCCUGGCGUGGAAACAGGAGGGGGUCAAGCCGUACCAGGAGCACCUAGAGUACCUCCUCGACGAAGCCAGGUUCAGGAACGAGCUUACUGUCCUCUUCCAGGGCGACCAGAAAAUCCGCGCAGAACAUCGCGCCGAACUCAUGCCCGUUCUUCUGCGACUCCUUUACGGUCGGACGAUCUCGAAGAAGGGCGCCGCCAGUGGCCGCCACGGGCUCCAUAAUACACGGCUUGCCGUCAUCAGAAGCCUGAAUGUGGAUGAUGUGGGCAGUUUCCUGGACAUCGCCCUCGGCAGCCUUCGGGGCAUCCAGAUCGUCGACGCAUCUGGCAUCCGAGAGGCGACAUUCAGCAAAGAAAUGGUCCCGGCUCGCAAGCUGGUCGGUCUUCUCAAUAUGGUGGAGGCCAUCAUAAACGAGCUGGGCACCAGCGUGCUUUCGUACAUGGAGGCACUAGUCAACACAGUGCUCUAUUGCGUGAUUUGGGCGAGUCGCCAGCUCGAGGAAGAUUACGGAGAUGUCGAAGAGGAAGAGACGACAUCCCACACAUCUCUCUUUAAAGUUGCUCGGACCACGGCUCUCAAAUGCGUCUGCAAGUUGUUCCAGAACACGCAAUCUUUCGACUGGACUCCCUACAAAGACGCGAUAGUUCGCGAGGUCAUCAGCCCGAGGAUCGACAAGCUCCCUCGCGACAGUACCCAAGGCGUCUCCUGGACCUGGCAGCUGCUGGCCACGUGGUCGGUUCUUCCGGCGCCGGCCAUGUUCCUUUCCAUCGACGAUCGCAUCCUCCCAAGGGUCGUGGACUGCCUUGAAAUCGAGAAGACCAAGGAUGAGGUCAAAGUGUUCGCCCUGUCGAUUGUGCGAAACCUGGUCAAGCUCGCCCUCGCGCCAGCGGCUGAAUCAGAGUACAACGAACUGAUCAAGUCGGAGCUGCUGGACCCGAAUGUCGAUCUCAUAUUCAAGCGGAUUGGUGACCUCCUACGGGACCAACACGAUAUUGGGCGAGAUCUGCUGGAGGCAGCCAUCGAAACCGUGGUGGAGCUCGCCCCCAUUGUCGAGAAGUCGAAGAACGUCGAAGAUAUGGUGGAUAUCUCGACCUUCCUUCUCCAGCAGCCGUCGCGCAAGGUUAACCCGAAAGUUAAGGGAUCCAUCCUGCUCAUCCUCAAGCAGUUCAUCACUCGGCAAGAAGUCCAAGGCAAUGCGAAUCUCAAGAGCAGAGUAUACGAUACCAUCGUUCCGCUCUUCAGUUACUUUAAAGACAGGAACAACAGGCAGGCACUGGCGGAAGUCUUGGUGGUCUUUGCCUCGCAGGAACCCUCUCUUCAGGAGGUGGCAGCCCUGUGCUCAGACCUAAACGCGUAUGUUGAAAACAGGCUGGAUGAGCCAGAUUAUAACAAGCGCCUCUCGGCAUUUAAUGCCAUCUCCAGGGAGCGGGAGGUCCCUUUCACCAUUGGACAAUGGUCGGCGUUUCUGCACAACAUGGUCUUCUUCAUCCAGCAGGAUGAGGAGUUUGGGGUUCUAUCUACGAACUCGGCCGAUGGGCUCUGCAAGUUCAUCGGGGCGGCGAAGUCUGUUUGGGACGGCCCGGAACAGGAAGCGUAUGCGAAUUUGCUCUCCACGAUCAUCCUGCCAGAGCUCUACGCCGGCGCGCGGGAGGUGUCGGAAACGGUCAGGCGCGAGCAUCUCCGCGUCUUCGCCUUCCUAGUCUCGCACCUCAGAGAAUGGGCGCCGAUAUCUGAUUUGUCAGUCCUUGUCCCCGAGUCGGACGAGGAUACCGAGAAUGCCUUCUUCUUCCAUAUCUUGAGCCCGGCCGUCAAUAGACAGUUGCAGGCGCUCCGGCUGCUGCAGCAAGCGAACGAUCGUGCGGGGAUGCAAAGCAAGAACGUCAGCCAGUUCUUCAUCCCGCUGCUGGAACACUUCAUCUUCGACCGUCCCGAGGGUGGCGACGACCAUGGCUUGGCGGCGCAGGCUACGAACACAGUUGCCAGCUUGGCAAUGUCCCUGGAGUGGCAGCAGUACCGUGCAGUGCUUCGCCGCUUCAUAUCGUUCAUCGAGUCCAAGCCGGACUUCCAGAAGCGGGUCAUCCGGCUCCUCGAGAAGGUCGUCGACUCCCUACGGGCGGCCAUCUCCGAGAAAGCGGAUGGUGACUCGAUGGACUUGGAUCGAGGGAUCGGGCCUCGCCGCCUUGCUCGCACCCUUCCCAGUCAAGAGAAGGUGAGCGAUGAGAUUGUGGGCGCCGCUCUGCCAUCGCUCGUCAAGUACCUUCAUGAGAAGGACGAGACAACCGUCAGCGCACGGGUGCCAGUCGGGGUCAUCAUCGUCAAGCUCUUGAAGUUGCUGCCCUCGCAAAUCCUGGACCAGAAGCUUCCGGCUGUUCUGACAGAUAUAUGCCACAUCCUCCGAAGCAAGGCGUGGGAGUCGCGGGAGAUGGCUCGGGAGACCCUGGCAAAGAUCACCUGCAUCCUCGGCGCCCAAGGUUUCGGCUUCGUCCUCAAGGAACUUCGCGGGGCGCUCACCAGGGGGUAUCAGCUCCACGUGCUGUCGUACACUCUGCACUCGAUCCUCGUCACCGUCAUCCCCGAAUUCAACCAGGGAGAGCUCGACUAUUGCCUGCCAUCCAUCGUCGCUGUUAUCAUGGACGACGUCUUCGGCGUCACAGGGCAGGAGAAGGAUGCGGAGGGUUAUUCCACCCAGAUGAAGGAGGUCAAGAGCAGCAAGAGCCAGGAUUCCAUGGAGCUCAUUGCGAAGAACGCGUCUAUCAUCCACCUUGUCGACCUGGUCCAUCCUCUCCAGUCCCUCCUGCUCGAAAAGCUUGACUUGCGCAUAGUGCGGAAGAUUGAGGAUCUGUUGAGCCGCAUUACGUCGGGGCUACUUCAGAACCCAGCCGCCGAGAGUCGAGAUACGCUUGUGUUCGCGUACGAGGUGAUACAGGAGGUCUACAAAAGCCAAAAGCCCCAGGCCGAGCCCAAGAUCGACCCCAGGCUGAAAAGGUACCUUGUCCAGAAGGGAGCAAAGAAGAACGACCGCGGCACAACCACCAAGCAUACAUACAAGCUGGUCAGGUUUGCUCUCGACAUCAUCCGGUCUUCUGUGAAGAAGCACGACAGUUUGCGCACUGCAGCCAACAUUGCCGGCUUCCUCCCCAUUCUCGGCGACGCGGUGGUUGGUGGCGAGGAUGAGGUCCGAACAGCCGCCUUCAAGCUCCUCACCGUUAUUGUCAAGAUGCCCUCGAAGACGGACGACUUCGUCAACCUGUACAAGGUGGCCGCGAAAGAGGCUAUCAAGGGCAUAUCCAUGUCUUCGUCGACGUCUUCGGAUCUCGCCCAGUCCGCCUUGAAGCUCCUAUCGGUGUUGAUGAGGGACAAGCGGGAGAUCCCGGUCAAGGAUGCCGCUGUCGACAUGCUGCUCGGGAGACUGAAGGACGACCUUACUGAACCACUUUACCGACACGUGACGUUCAACUUCUUGCGUUCCGUGUUGGACCGCAAAGUCGAGACCGCCGUUGUCUACGACACCCUUGACUACGUCGGCACGGUUAUGAUCACCAACGACGACAAGGACACGCGCGACCUGGCGAGAGGCGCUUUCUUCCAGUUCCUCCGCGAGUAUCCGCAGAAGAAGAGCCGCUGGACCAAGCAGCUCAGCUUCAUCGUCGCCAACCUCAAGUACGAGCGCGAGGGGGGCCGACUGUCCGUCAUGGAGGUGAUCCACCUGCUGCUGAUGAAGUCGGCCGACGACUUCGUCCAGGAGGUCGCGGCGACGUGCUUCAUCCCGCUCGUGUUCGUCGUCGCCAACGACGACAGCGAGAGGUGCCGCCUCGCGGCGGGCGGCCUGGUCAAGGAGAUAUUCCGCAGGGCCGACAAGGAGCACCUGCAGAAGUUCCUGACGCUGCUCCGGUCCUGGCUCCAGCAGGAUGAGAACCCGGCCGUGCUGAAGCUCGCGCUCGAGGCGUUCGGCUUCUACUUUGAGGCUAGGGAGGCCAGUGCCAAGGACAAGAAGGACCUGGGCUUGGUGGUGGACAAGGCGACGGAGAUCUUGGCGGGCCAGGAGACGGGAGAGGCGGGCUGGGAACUUGCCAAUGCGUCGCUUCAACUGGUACAGGUCUUGCUCGAGAAGUACCCCCAUAAGAUCUUGUCACGGGAGUCUCAGGAUCUGUGGGAUGGGAUCCAUGAGUCCCUGUCACAUCAACACGGAACAGUCAGGCUCACUUCUAUCAAGCUGCUCAGCAUGUAUCUUGCCGACUUUGCAAGUAAUACCAAGGCAGGCACCGCGCAAGAGACCUUCUCCGGGUCGCAUGGCUUAGAACUCGACAGGGAGGACAUAUUCGACCUGGCGAAACUUACUCUUGGCAUAUUCACGGCUCCCGAGGUGGACGAGGCCCUUGCCGAGGAAGCGGUCCGGGUACUUGUGUUCCUGGGCGGCUAUCUCGAAUCCCAUGUCCGCGGAGCAGACCCCGAGGAGAGUGAGGACGAAGACACCAAUGAGCCGGAGCAGAAGGAGCGGAGGACGGGGCUGGGGUAUCUGUUCUGGAAGCUGGCCGCCGUCGUCAGGAGAGAGUCUCGGCCGAACUACCAGUCGCUGAUCCCCAAGGUCGCGGCGAUGGACGUGCUCGAGGCGUUCUGCGUCAAGUCGCCGAACGAGGUCCUCCUUCCGAACAUCAAGACCAUCCUCCGCCCCCUGCGGAACCUCAGCGAUCCCUCUAUCCCGUCGCCGUUUUCGACCGACGAGGCUUUCAAGACCAAGUACGAUGAUCUGAAGUCCAAGGCUCAGGCCAUCAUGGAUCUCCUGCAGAAGAAGCUCGGCACGGCAGAGUACACCAAGAACCUCUUAGCGGUUGGGGCGGAUAUCAGGGGCAGGAGGGAGCAGCGGUCGAGCAAGCGCAAGAUCGAAGCGAUCACGCAGCCGGAGAAGUAUGGCCGGGACAAGAGGAAGAAGUUUGAGAAGAAGAGGGAAAGGAGGAAGGUCAAGGGACAGCAACACCGUGAUUUGAGGAGGGGCUAUUAGAUUUGGGGCCCCUGAGAUGGGCAAUAGAGGGAGAUAGAUAAUGGGGCGGAAAAGCCCUGCGUAUCGUGAUUUAUACAGUUUAUAUGUCUAUAUGCGAACAGAGUUGUGAGAUAUG